AUGAAUCCAUCAAAAUCUUUCCCAAUUGAACAUAGCUAUAUUAAUUUAGCGAUAGUGAAAGCCGAAGAACAACAGAAAAAAGAAAAGGAACUUCUUCAUACUCAGCAUCAUAAUACCAUCAUCGGUGCUUUUGAAGAGAUUUAUGGCAUGAAAACUGCAAUAGAUAUCAAGCAUAUUUUUGAUAGAUGUAAAAAUCAAGAGAAACAAGUGCUUGUAUUUGGACGAGCCGGUAUCGGAAAAUCAACAUUUUCUCAAUAUAUCGCUUAUCAGUGGGCAACUGGUUCCUAUUGGCCACAAUAUGAAUUAGUCGCUUUGAUUCCAUUACGUCGUUUAACAACCAGUCGGUAUCCACCCGACAAGAGCCACUCUCUCAUUGAUCUCGUGAAAAAAGAAGUUUUUCAGGAUGAUUUAUCUGAAAACGAAGAGAAACUCUUGAGAAAAUGGUUUGAUGCAAAAACGAUUCUAUGGAUUUUGGAUGGAUAUGAUGAAAUUGUACAAAAUGUGCCAACACAUCUGCAAUUUUUAUUUGAACGACUACUGAAAACUCCACACCAUAUUUUAACAUCUCGUCCAUAUAUGAAUACAUUAUCAUAUAAUGUACAAAUGGAAAUUACUGGUUUUACAGAUGAAAAUAUCGAAAAGUAUGUCGAGCAGUUUUUUGAUCAACUUAAAAAUGAUUUAAUCGAUACAACACUUCAAGCUCAAAAACUAGUGAGCUUCUUAAAAAGUAAACGUAGAAUUUGGGGUAUCGUUCAUAUACCAAUAAAUCUAGAACUUAUGUGCAGUCUUUGGUGUGAUACUGACUGGUUGGAAACAAAAACGCUGACAAUGACAACUGUGUACGAUAAAAUGAUUGAAUGGCUUUGUCGACGAUAUUUACAAAAGCGAAAUAAUGAAGAUUCACACCUGAGAAAAAAUACUAUUUAUAAAACCUGCCAUAAAGAAUUGGCAUUUUUAGAAAUCUUGGCUUUCCAUGGAAUGCAGGAAAGUAGCGUAAUUUUACGACCAAAAUUACUCGAAAAAGUAGAGCAUGAGACUGGAGUUUCCUUGGAUGACCAUCCACAAUUACUCAACAUCGGUAUUUUAAAAUCGUUUGAUGACCGACCAGUUGGUACUGCUAUCGACGCAGAGAAAAACCAUUAUUUUGUCCAUCUUAGUUUUCAAGAGUAUUUUACAGCAAGAUACAUAGUAAAUGCACUACAUGGGGAUGAAAAUCAAAAGAAAAAAGCAAUUGAUUUCAUCAAAAAUCAUAAGUAUAAUCAACGUUUUGAAUUAGUGUUUAUUUUUGCAUCUGGCCUUCUCACUGACACCACUCGCCAACAGUCAAUGAAUUUAUUCUGGGAAACACUGUUGGGAGAACCACUCGAUCUCGUUGGUUUCAGGCAUGCACAGAUUGCCAUUGCUUGCUUAGAAGAGGCCGGGUGCGACAGACAGAUUCCACACUUUCGAGAGUUGAUGAGUUUAAUCAUCCAAUGGAUUAAAUAUCAUGUAUCUGCGGACCAAAAAAAGUCAAACAACCGAUUCAUUGAGUUAUUACAAAGAAGUCCGUUAUUAGUAGAUCAAUCGGAAAUACAUGACAAAUUCAUAGAGUGGUAUAAAGACAAAGAUCGGACUAUUAGCCAGAAGGCAUCUUCAUUCGUUUCUGAUUUGCCGAUUUCCAAUCGAUACACAGACUUGAUUCAGUUACAUCUAACAGCACUUACUGCUGAAAAUAUACAAGUUGACUGGAGUGUAUUUAAAGCUUUCAAGAAAAUGGCUGACAAAGCAGUAACCGAUGACGUUCUCGAUGAAUGCGUGAAUGUACUUAGUCACACGGAUGAAAGCGUCAAAAAGAGUACGUGUGAAGCUCUCGGUCGAAUGGGUGCAAAAGCAGCAAUCGAUGACGUGGUCAAAGGACUCGUGAAUCUACUUGAUCAAAUGGAUGAAAGCGUCAAAGAGAGUGCGUGCGAAGCUCUCGGUCGAAUAGGUGAAAAAGCAGCAACCGAGAAAGUCAUUAAUAAACUCCUGAUUCUACUUGGUAAUAAGGAUGAACGCGUCAGACACCACGCGUUCAAAGCUCUUGAGAAUAUGGGUGAAAAAGUAGCGACUGAUCAAGUUAUUAAUAGACUCCUCAUUCUGCUCGAUGAUACCAGUGAUGACGUCAAAGGAAGUGCGUGCGUAGCUCUCGGAAAAAUGAGUGAAAAAGCAGCAACCGAUGAAGUAAUUCAUAGACUUCUCAUUCUAGUUGGUAAUACGAAUGAUAGCGGCAGACACUGUGCACGCGAAGCGCUGAGGAAUAUAGAUGAAAAUGCAGCAACUAAUAAAGUGAUUAAUGAACUCAUCUUUCAACUUCGUGAUAGAAAUGAUCGCGUUACAAGUUGGGCGUGGGAUGAUCAUUUUACAAGUUUGGCGAGGGAUGAUCUCGUAGAACUAGAUGAAAGAGCAACAACCAAUAAAGCCAUUGAUAGACUCCUGACUCUACUUGAUCAACGAGAUGAUUAUGCCAAACGUCAAGCACGUGACACCCUCGCGUAUAUGCGUCGAAACGAAGCAAACAAUGAAGUGAUUGAUAACCUUAUCAUUAUACUGGAUGAUACGAAUGGAUACAUCAGACGUUGUGCAUGCGAAGCAUUUGGGAACAUGGGUGCGAAAGCAGCAACAGAUGAAGUAAUUAAUAAACUCAUCACUCUACUGGAUGAUACAGAUCAUGGUAUCAGAAGAAGCGCGUGCGAAGUUCUCGGUAAAAUGGGCGAAAAAGCAGAAACAGAUGAAUUGAUUAAUAAAGUCAUCAUUCUUUUGGGUGAUACGAAUCAUGAUGUCAGAAGAACUGCAUGCGAAGUUCUCCGUAAAAUGGGUGAAGAAGCAGCAACCAAUGAAGCCAUUAAUAAACUCAUUAAUCUGCUUGGUGAUAGUGAUCAUAACGUCAAGCACACUGCGUAUGAAACUCUCUUUGAAAUGAGUGAAAAAGCGGCAACUGCUGAAGUGACUAAUAAACUCUCUAUUCGACUAGAUGAUACGAACGAUCGUGUCCAAAGCAGUGCGUGCGAACUUCUCGUUAGAAUUAGUGAAAGGUCAAAAAGUAAUGAAGUUAUUAAUGAGCUCAUCAUUCUACUAGAUAAUCCGGAUGCGAGGAUCAGAACCGGUGCGUGCAAAUUUUUCUCUAGAAUGGGUGAAAAAGUAGCAACGGGUGAAGUGAUUAAUAAACUCAUCAUUCUACUUGAUGAUUUUAAUGAAAAAGUCAAAAGAGGUGCGUGCGAAGCUCUCGGUACCAUGGGUGAAAAAACAGCAACCAAUGAAGUGAUUACGAAACUCAGCAUUCUACUGGUUGAUUCGAAUGUGAAGGUCAGAAAGAGUGCAUGCGAAGCUCUCGGUAAAAUGGGUAAAGAAGCAGCAACCAAUGAAGUCAUUAAUAAACUCUUCAUUCUGUUUCGUGAUGUCGAUUAUAAUGUCAGGUACAGCGCGGGUGUAACUUUAGGUAGACUGGGUGAACAUGCGGCAGCCAUUGAAAUGAUUAAUAAACUCAGCAUUCUACUGGAUGAUUCGAAUGUGGAGAUCAGAAAGACUGCAUGCGAAGCUCUCGGUAAGAUGGGUGAAAAAGCAGCAACCAAUGAGGUCAUUAAUAAACUCGUCAUUCUGUUUGGCGAUCUCAAUAGUACCGUCAGGUGGAGCGCGUAUGCAGCUUUUCGGAAUAUGGGUAAAAACGCAGCAACCCAUGAAGUUAUUAAUAGACUCAGCUUUCUGCUUGAUGAUGAAGACCAUGGCGUCAGAUGGAGUGCAUUUAACGCUUUGGGUGAUAUAGGUGAAAAAGCAGCAAGUAGUGAAGUCAUUAAUAAACUCGUCAUUCUACUAGAUGCUACGAAUGGUAGCAUCAGAAGCAGUGCGUGUGAAGCUCUCAGCAAAAUGACUGAAAAAGCAGCAACCAGUGAAAUGGUUAAUAAAGUUGUGAUUCUACUAGGUGACACGGAUAGUAGCGUCAGAGAGGAAGCAUGUAAAGCUCUCGGUCGAAUGGGUGAAAAAGCAGCGACUGAUGAAGUGAUUGAUAAAUUCAUUAUUCUACUUCGUGAUACGUAUACUAGGGUCAGAAAGGAAGCAUGUACAGCUCUCGGUAAGAUGGGUGAAAAGGCAGGAACGAAAAAGGUGAUUGAUAGUCUCAUCAUUCUGCUUAAUGAUUGGGACGAUGACGUCAAAAAGAGUGCGAUUGAAAUUUUGAGUGAAAUAGGUGAAAAAGCUGCGAAGAAUGCCGUGAUUAUGGCGCUCAUCACUGUAAUCGAUAGUGGGUAUGGUUCGUACACAAAGAAUGCGAGUAAAGCUCUCUGUAAAAUGGGUAAAACAUCAGCACCCGAUGAAGUGAUAGGAAUGUUGUUAGACGCGUAUUUAAAUGGUGGUAGAGUUAAGUUCGAAGCAGACUCGAUGAUUGGAGAGAUUUUGGGGGCGUUAUCAUCUAUGUCAGAUUUAAAAGACGACACAGUUCGCAAACUUUCGAAGUAUGCUGACCAGUCUACGUUGUGGCCAUCGAUAAAAGUUUCUCCAGAACAAUUCAUCGUAGCUUUUUUGAAAACAAAAAUUUCAUUUUGGUGCCGCAUUAUUAGAAUGGUUUUCACUAUGCAUGGGUAUGGCUUUACAGUGACUGGAAACAGCGUUGUAUUAUUUGGCCUUCAAGAACCAGUUGAGCUAUCACUUCCAAACGAAGAACUUGAACCUCCAGAAUUUGCUGCACCUGGCACGUGCAAGGCACUUACUUGUGGCGGUCGUCCUUGUGCCAAGUGUCACAAGUGUCGUGAUUGGCAUUUCAUUGGUAAUCAAGACGAGUGGAAUUUAGUCCGCAACCCGGAAAAUUGGAAAAAGGUAGAUGAAGAUCGUUGGAAUUGUGAGGGCUUAGAGCUUUUUACGAAACGUGAUGGUGCGACCUGUAAUGUUGCUGAUCCUGAUCGUCAUUUUUAUACUGAGCAUCGUGAAGUUAAUGAUGAUCAUGAUCGUCAUUUUGAUACUGCUCAUCUGUGUUUAUGUGAAAAGCACUAA